AGUGGCUGCUGUGCCCCGCCCUGCGGGUGGUUUGCUAGUUUCAAGCACUUUGUGAGUAUGGGGUGAAUCGGCGUCUGCCUUCCACUGUGGGGUUAAAUCUCAUCCCGCGGCUCUCCUCCUGUCGGUCCUGCAGUUCUUUUGCCCCGGGUAGAGGGGUCUUCUGCAGAAAUAGCGCUGGAAGCUAGAGUGAUGCCUGAGUACUGCCUUGGCCUAGGAUGGCUAGAGAAUUAAGUGAAAGCACAGCCCUGGAUGCCCAGUCUACAGAAGACCAGAUGGAGCUUCUGGUCAUAAAGGUGGAGGAAGAAGAAGCCGGUUUUCCCAGUAGCCCAGAUCUGGGCUCUGAGGGCUCCCGCGAGCGCUUCCGAGGCUUCCGCUACCCGGAGGCUGCAGGCCCCCGCGAGGCGCUGAGCCGGCUCCGAGAGCUCUGCCGACAGUGGCUGCAGCCUGAGAUGCACAGCAAGGAGCAGAUCCUGGAGCUGCUGGUGCUGGAGCAGUUCCUGACCAUCCUGCCGGGGAAUCUGCAGAGCUGGGUGCGGGAGAAGCAUCCAGAGAGCGGGGAGGAGGUGGUGGUGCUAUUGGAGUAUUUGGAGAAGCAGCUGGAUGAACCGGCGCCGCAGGUUUCAGGUGUUGACCAGGGGCAAGAACUGCUCUGUUGCAAGAUGGCACUGUUGACACCAGCUCCAGGGUCACAAAGUAGCCAGUUUCAGCUAAUGAAGGCUCUGCUCAAGCAUGAAUCUCUGGGAUCCCAGCCCUUGCAAGACAGAGUUCUCCAGGUCCCCAUGCUUGCCCAUGGAGGGUGCUGCAGAGAAGAUGCAGUGGUAGCUUCUAGGCUUACUCUAGAGUCCCAGGGGUUGUUGAAAGUGGAAGAUGUGGCCCUGACCCUCACUCCUGAAUGGACACAGCAGGAUUCAUCUCAGGGGAAUCUCUAUAGAGAUGAAAAGCAGGAGAACCAUGGCAGCCUGGUCUCCCUGGGUGAUGAAAAACAGACUAAGAGCAGGGACUUGCCUCCAGCUGAGGAGCUUCCAGAAAAGGAGCAUGGAAAGAUAUUGUGCCACCUGAGAGAAGACAUUGCCCAGAUUCCUACAUGUGCAGAAGCUGGUGAACAGGAGGGCAGGCUACAAAGAAAGCAGAAAAAUGCCACAGGAGGGAGGCGGCACAUUUGCCAUGAAUGUGGAAAGAGUUUUGCUCAAAGUUCUGGCUUGAGUAAACACAGAAGAAUCCACACUGGUGAGAAACCCUAUGAAUGUGAAGAGUGUGGCAAAGCCUUCAUUGGGAGCUCCGCCCUCGUCAUUCAUCAGAGAGUCCACACCGGUGAGAAGCCAUAUGAGUGUGAAGAAUGUGGUAAGGCCUUCAGUCACAGUUCAGACCUUAUCAAGCACCAGAGAACCCACACUGGGGAGAAGCCCUAUGAGUGUGAUGACUGUGGGAAGACCUUCAGCCAGAGCUGCAGCCUCCUUGAACAUCACAGAAUCCACACUGGGGAGAAGCCAUAUCAGUGCAGUAUGUGUGGCAAAGCCUUUAGGCGAAGUUCACAUCUCCUGAGACAUCAGAGGAUCCAUACUGGGGAUAAAAAUGUUCAGGAACCUGAGCAGGGAGAGGCCUGGAAAAGUAGGAUUGAAAGCCAGUUGGAAAAUGUUGAAACUCCCAUGUCUUAUAAAUGUAAUGAGUGUGAAAGAAGUUUCACUCAGAAUACAGGCCUCAUUGAACAUCAAAAAAUCCACACUGGUGAGAAACCCUAUCAGUGCAAUGCAUGUGGAAAAGGCUUCACCCGAAUUUCAUACCUUGUUCAACAUCAGAGAAGCCACGUAGGGAGAAACAUCCUAUCACAGUGACCCAUGCCGUACAUGCCAGAGUUGGUGCUCAUUUGUCACUAAUCUGAAGCCACUCCCCCUGGAGUCUCAACUAUAGAAAUUGUGGGCUGGGCUUUAUUUACUACUACACAUUAUCAGGUGUUAGAAAAUAUAGACUGGGUUAGACAAAUUAUCUUCUAAGUUCUAGAAGGUGUUUGUAAUCAAAACAUUUGAUAGGAGGGUAUGGGAGAGUUGUCUAGAAGAGGUAAGACCUGAAACGGUUUGUUCUCUCCCACUGGAAUUAAAUGGAUGUUUAGACUGGCUACUGGCCCUAAACCAGCACUUUGUGAUGUCUACUGGGUGGAUGGUUGUGAUUUGGGGGCUGCUUCUCUGACCAUUCUUUUUGACUGUAAUGAAUCCUCCACAGUUGGUCAGAUUCAUAAAGUCUUAUAUCCCCCUCUGUGCCUUUUCCACAGGUGCUAGUCAAUGUUUAUUGAAUGUA